AUGGAGAAAGUGGAGGUAGUUGAUGUUAGGGUGAAGAAUUACUUGGAGUUGGCGGGAUACGAUAAGUGGGCUAGGUCAUAUGCAACAGUUCAUAGGGGAUGGACCUUAACAUCAAAUAUUGCAGAGUCAAUUAAUGCUGCACUGGUAUCAGCUAGAGAACUUCCAAUAUAUGAUUUUUUAGAGGAAGUUAGAUUGAUGUUUGGUAGAUGGAACUGUGAAAACGGACAGGAGGCAUUGUACACACGCACGGAUCUUAUUGAAAAAUUUCAAGCAAUUCUCCAACAAAAUGAAGCAGAGUGUACACGUCUGAAGGUUAUACCAUCGUCAGAGUACGUCUAUACUGUCCACGAUAAGAAGAAACAUUUUAUAGUUUGUCUAAAGGAAAAAAAAUGUUCUUGUCAUGCAUUCCAAUUGGAUGAGAUACCAUGUGUGCAUGCUUGUGCUGUACUUGAUAGCAAGAAUCUUGAAAAAGGACCAUAUUGCUCUAAUCUAUACAAGCCAAAAACUGUACUGAGAAUGUAUGAUCUUCCUGUAUAUCCUUUACCACAUAAAGAUGAUCGGGUGGUACCUCAGGAAAUUUUAUACGAAGUAGUUUUGCCCCAAAAAUACAAGCGCCCCCCUGAAAGGCCUGCAAAGAAGGAGCGCGGUAAAUCAGGAAGAGAUAUUUCAAAUGUUUAA